GAAGAUUUUAAAUUCAUUUCUAUCAAAGGCCCUUACAGUAAACAGGGUCCGGGUGCGAAUCGCUCGGCUAAGUCACAUGCAGUCAAGCAAGCACUCAAGGCCAAACGGUUACUCGAACAAGAAUCAAGACACAACUUUCGAGUAAUAGUUUUGAAAGAGGAGCGGAAUACGCUAGUUACUGAACCUCAUUUUGUACUGCAUCCAACAUUAAUACCAUCUUUAUCUGCGAGCGCGAUCGACCCGUUUGGUACGCUUCCUGUGGACACCUCACGGCUGCAGAUGCUUUUAGGGAACAACAGAGCUAGGAAAGCCUCUGAGCCGGUCUUUAGUCUCACAGAGGAGCUCGCAUUCCAAAGUUUUCAUCUUGUCUUCCGUACGGGCUUGACUGACCCUGCUCUUUCGAAUGCAGUUAUGCUUGCGCUAUUGUUUGCAGUAACGGAGGGAAAUUUGGACAUUGAAUGCCUCAGAUACAAGGUUUGCGUUAUCGGCUGUAUUCGAGACAAAGUGGCCAGCAUCAAAGGUGCUGUAUCAGAGUCCACAAUUGGAGCCAUUCUUCUACUAGUGGGUGUAGAGGCUCAGCUGGGAAUGACCUCUCAAGUCCAACUUCAUAUGGCAGCAGUGAGACAACUACUCGAAAUCUCUCGCAGCCAAUGUGUCUACCUCACCGUUGGCAUUAAGCGUGCAAUAUUCUGGCAAGACUUGAAUGCGUCAAUUUUAUCAGGUUCUGAUCGAAUAGUUGACCACACUACCUUCUCGGAACUACUCUGGCAACGAGACUCAUUCACACCUAGUUUCUACCAACUUCCAUCGGGUUUUGAGACAAUAUCACACUUGUUAAGUGAGGGUUUUAUCGAAAUACUUGAAGACUUGCACGCUCUGCAAUGUAUACGAAACUGUUCGGGCUAUACAAAGGGCGAUCCUUUUGUCAUGGUCUACAUAAACAACCAUACUGCUUCUAUUCAAUCGAGGAUUGUGAAUUUAGAAAAGCCUUCUCCCAUGCUGAAAUGCUGCUAUACUGCGGCAUAUAUAUGUUCUAUUAUGUUAUGUUGCCAAACUUGGUGCGCCCUAGUUAUUCCGUCCCAUUUAUCCUCCCAGCUUCUUGAUCAACUUCAAAAGACUGAAAAAGAUGCUAUAUGGGAUGAAAACUCCGACUUGCUACUUUGGCUCCUAUAUAUUGGUGGUACAUUUGCUUCCUCUGGGUUUGUUCGAUCAAGGUAUAUUGAUCUUCUUCGGACGAAUAUAACCACGAGGUUCUCUAUGAUCGAUAGCUCUUGUCUACGAACGCUUGAUGUUAUAAGAAAAUUUAUUUGGUCAGACAAUGCCUUUUUCUCAGAGGCAUCAAGACUUUGGGAAGAAAUAUUAUCAUAA